AUGCUUUCGCUGAUCGCCCGAAGGAUUGACGCUGCUACACCAACCUGGACCGAUAUGAACAUCCAGCUCGGCUUUAGCUUCGAGAUACUCGACGACUCGUACGCAGCCGGAUGUGGAAGCUUAUGUAUCGGGGCCUUUUUCAUGAUUCCGUUUGCCCUGGCAUACGGACGGCGCCCUGUCUACCUGAUCAGCACCGCGGCGCAGCUCGCCAUCUGCAUAUGGUCGGCAAAAAUGCAAACGGUCGUUGAUCUUAUGAUGGUCAACAUUCUAAGCUGCUUCUUUGGUGCGCUGUCCGAAGUCAUUGUGCAGAUGACUGUUGCAGAUAUCUAUUUCGUGCACCAACGCGGAUUGAUAAAUAGUAUCUAUGUCUGGUUCAUGAACAGUGGCGCUAAUCUAGCACCAUUGGCUGCCGGCUACAUCACUGUUGCUCAAGGGUGGCGCAUGGUCUGGUGGUGGAUGGCCAUAUUCUUUGGUAUCUGCUUUGUUGCUUUCACCUUUUUCUACGAGGAGAGCUUAUACAAGGUACCUGCCGGGGUGAUCAAUGGUAUCCCGACAUCUGAGAGAAGCUUCGAGGCAUCAGAUACAUACGCAGUGACCAAGGAUGAUGAGAAAAUCGACAAACCUGGAGAUUAUUUGACACGAAGCAGCCCCAACUCCGACACAGCAUUACCACGUAUCGAUACUUCUAUCCCGAAGAAAACAUACAUACAGCGCCUAGUACCGUUUAAAAAGCCCCAAGGCUCCCUCCGUCAUUUUCUCCGGCAUAGCUACCAGCCUUUCUUCAUUCUUUUCACCAUUCCAUCCGUCUUUUUUAUGGCCCUCAUAUACGGUGCUAUGACGGCAUGCUCAACAGUCAUGAUCACCACCCUGUCUCAUGAGUCUCCCUCCAUUUAUUGGCACAAGUUUGAGGGUCCUUAUAACGGGCCCACUGAGCGACUGGAUUAUCCUCUUUCUCGCAAGACGAAACAAAGGCAUCUAUGA